GAUGGCUGCAUGAGGAGAAAGGUAAACAUCUGUAACGGAGGUUUCUAAGUUCACCAACUUGACUAAACGCUGCUUUGCUUCAGUUUCAGUCCAGAACUUUACAGUAAUUUAUACAUACAUUCCAUUCCAUACGCUCCCCACCUCUGAAAUCAAGAGUUCGCCCAUGAUUGAAACCAUGGCGAUGUGACGACACCAAGGCCAGCAGAGGACGCUGUUGCAACACGGCUUUAUUUGACAUCAUUCUGCAAAAAAUUGACGAAAGAACAUGCAUCUGGACAUGAACGGCGUCACGUUCCUCCUGGUGAUGUUCUCCCUGAGCAAGCUUCUGAUGGCGGAAAGCUCUGAAGACGCCUAUCAGGAACAUCACGGGGAACAUGAGGCCACAAGACACCAAAUUGUCACGGCCCAGUACGAGUGCUUCCAGCGGAUGGUGAGAGGAGACUGGCAUCGCAGAGCCAAGACCAUGGGACCGGUGUGCAACACAACAUGGGAUGGUUGGCUAUGCUGGGAUGAAACUGAACGGGGACUCACGGUAGAGCAGAGCUGCCCAGACUAUUUCAAAGACUUUGACCCUUAUGCAACGGCGUCCAAAGUCUGCACAGAAACGGGCGAGUGGUGGCGCCACCCGGAGAGCAACCGGACAUGGACGAACUUUACCAACUGUAAAGCCAACACCACACACCACGGCACGGCGGCGAUGACUCAUUUCUACCUGGUCAUGAUUGGACACGGACUUUCACUGGUCUCAUUGACCAUAUCAUUGGCGAUAUUCUUCCAUUUUAAGAGUCUGAGCUGCCAGAGGAUCACGCUGCACAAGAACCUAUUUGUGUCCUUUGUUCUGAACUCGGUCAUCACCGUGGUGUGGCUGACAACUGUGGUGAAGAAACAGGCGCACACGCAUAACGACUCGGCGAGCUGCAAGCUGCUCAUGUUCGUGCACCUCUACCUGCUGAGCUGCAACUACUUCUGGAUGCUGUGCGAGGGUAUCUACCUGCACACUCUGAUUGUGGUGGCCGUGUUUGCCGAGAAGCAGCAUCUCGUGUGGUAUUAUUUGCUGGGCUGGGGAUUCCCGCUGGUGCCGGCAGUGUUACAUUCAGUUGGACGCCACUGCUACUACAAUGACAAAUGUUGGGUCAGCUCGGAUACAUCUCUUCUGUACAUCAUCCACGCGCCCAUCUGUGCCGCCUUGGUGGUAAGCAUCAAACACUGCCCCCCUCCCUCAAGGAAACACUCGCUCAGGUGGCAGGGGUCAUCCACCUUGUCUUUCUGCGUCAAGGUGAACCUGUUUUUCUUGCUGAACAUUGUGCGGGUUCUCAUCACCAAGCUGAGAGUGACCCACCAGGCCGAGUCCAGCCUAUACAUGAGGGCGGUGAGAGCCACGCUCAUCCUCAUCCCGCUGCUCGGCAUUCAGUUCGUGCUGCUGCCCUACAAGCCCCAGGAGCACUGGGUCUCUGAGAUCUACCUCUACAUCAUGGAGAUCCUCAUACAUUACCAGGGACUCCUUGUGUCCACCAUCUUCUGCUUCUUUAAUGGGGAGGUGCAGAGCGUUGUGCGGAGACACUGGAACCAGCAGCAGAUGCAGUUUGCCGGCACGUUCGCCAACGCCGACCUGUUCCGCUCCGCCUCCUACGCGGCGUCGUCGCUCACCGAGGUCCACCGCUGCCACAGCAUCGACAGUCACACCGAGCAGACCAACGGCAAAAGCUACUCCGACAUAUUCCGCUCAGACAGUCCCUUCGUCUGACGAGGGCUCCAGACUCCAGUGGAUUUAACAAUGACUCCACUGAAGUUUUCUUCCGCUUCUUCUGCACAUGUAAACGUUGCCGUCUGAAAGGACAAGAGAGAAAAAAAAGGUCUUAUUUAUCAGAAGUUGUUUUUGUAUAUAUGUGGAGCCAUUCAUUCAUUCAUUCUCACUUUCUGCUUGAGGAACGUCUCCAUGUAGGUUGCACUUGGAGUUUACUUUUUUGUUCUUAUUUAUGUUUCCUUCAUGUAAGCUCCAACAAUACUGAGCUUCAGAUGGUGUUGAUUCCAAAAUGCUGGAGAGGAGCUUGCGAGAUGAUGAACUACACCUACACCAGGGGUGUCCAAACCUUCUUCCAGCGAGGGCCGCAUAGUGAAAAAUGAAAGAAUGCAACUUUGCCACUUGGAUAUUUUGGAAAGCAACACAUGUCGAUAUGCUAAGAACUUAUAUAUAUUUCAAGAAAAAACUGCAACUCAGCUCAACUCAGAAGAAAAUGUACAAGAAAAAAGAAGAAAAAAGUUUUAAAAGGCAACAGUAGAAAUGUACAAAACAGCUGUCAUUUUACGAGAAUAAACUUGUAAUGUUAUGAGGAAAAAUUGUCAUUUUAGUAGCAUAGAGUUGAAAUAUUAAAGAAAGAAAGUUAUUUUUUAAAAGUCAAAAUAUGAGAAACAAACACAACUAAUGAAUGAAGUUGUCAUUUUUGACAAAUCUGGUUGUGAAAACAUUAUAUUAUUAUCACAAGUCAAAAUAUUAUGGGAAUAAUAUCAUUAUUAUGAGAAUAAAAUGUACAAGGAAACAGUUGGGGGGGGGAACACCAGCAGAAAUGCUGAGAAUAAAGUCAAAAUAUUCAGAGAAAAAAGUUGUAAUAUUAUGAGGGAAAAUCAUGUCAUUUUAGUAGGAUGGACUUGGAGAAAAAAUUCAUAUAUUUUUUUAAGACGGAAUGUGAGAAACAAAUAAAACCAAUGAAAGAAGCUGUAAUUUUUGGAAUUGUUGUGGAAAUGUCCUAAUGUUACAGCAAUGAAGUCCAAAUAUUAUGGGAAUGAAGUCAUAGUUACGAGAAGAAAAAAGUUUAAAUAGGUGGGAAAAAAUGGGGGGAAAAAAAACUGCUGAAAUUUUACUAGAAUAAAGUCCAAAUUUUAAAAAAAGAAAGUUGGAUUCUAACCAGAAAAAAAAAUCACACUUUUACAGGAAUUUUACAGAAACUCGUAAUAUUAUGAGGAAACAUGUCAUUUUAGUAGCAUGGAGUUGAAAUGAUAAUGAAAAAAAAUCUGUUUAUUUUUAUAAGUCGGAAAAUUAUGAGAAACAAACAAAACAAAAUAAAGUUGUCAUUUUUGGAAAAUUGGGUCGGAGAAAAAAAUUCAAAUAUUAUGGUAAUAAAGUCUUAUCUAUAAUAUCACAAGAAGACUAAUAAUAGGCUUUUUCAUUGAUAUGACAAAGCUGAGAUGCAGUUUUUUCUUUAACUAUAUCUAACUUCUUAGCAUAUUGCUUUACAAAAUAUCAGUGGACCUUGCAUCCUUUCAUUUUUUAAAGAUGUAGCCCUCGGUGGAAACGGACACCCGUGUAGUCGACAUAAUAUGUGCCAGGUUCGCUUACAGUAUUAUAAAUGACUUUGAGCUUGUUUCGAUGUACAGUCACUUGUAAAUUCUCACAUUCGCUGUUGUUUUUGGCUCGUUUUCAGAGAGCAACUUUGGAUAAAUCCGAUGUAUAGACAAACAUCAUCAAAAGGUUGUAAAUAAAGAUGGCUUUUUCAGCAUUGCCUGCUGGUUGCGUCCGAUGACUUGGAAAGGAAGAGAAUAUUUCUCUUUUGACACUUUUAAGAAAGGGCGGGAAUUCCUCGUCGAUCCAGACAAAGUGACGGCAUGUUGCUCUUUGCUCUUCAUCCUGCAUGUGAACACAGAGUCAGUCCCAAAGGAAAAGCGAGAAGCUGCAAAAGCCAUCAAUGAGACAUCCAAGUUCACCCGCAAAGUGUACGCACCAAGCAGGAUGUUGACUGUUUGUUGCCAACCUCCCCUCCCUUUUUGACCUCCGUUGCCAUACGUUUGCACUCAACUUGUGACUGCAAACACUUUAGCGGCUGGGGGGGUUACGGGAUAGGGCAGGGGUGUCCACAGUGCGGUCCGUGGGCCAUUGUCAUAUCUAAAAAUAGAAUUUAAGAAGAAAAAAAUCAGCAGUACAUUUACGAGAAUAAAGUCGGAAUCUAACAAGAAAAAGUGGUAUUUUUACAAGAAUAACGGCGUAAUAUUAUGAGGAAAAAUAGCAUCAUUUUAGUAGCACAAAAUUGAAAUAUUAAAGGAAAAAGUUAAUUUUUUUUUAAGUCAGAAUAUUAUGAGAAACAAGCAAAACCGUGAAAAAAUGUGUCAUUUUUGGAAAAUAAGGUGGCAGAAAUGUUGGAGAAUAAAGUCAAAAUGUUAUGGGAAUAAAGUCAUAAUUGGAAGAAAAUGUACACGAAUAAAACUGAGAUAGUUGGAGGGGGGGGGACAAGAGCAAAAACAGAUGACACUUUAUGAGCGUAAUGUCAGUAUAUUAAGAGAAAACAAGUUGUAAUCUAAGAAGAAUAACGUGGUUAUAUUAUGAGGAAAAAUAAUGUUAUUUUAGUAGCAUAAAGUUGAAAUAUUAAAGAAUUUUUUUUUUUAUCAUAAUAUUAUGAGAAACAAACAAAACAAGUUGUAAUUUUUGGAAAAUUAGAUUGGGGAAAAAGUUAAGAGAGUUAUUAUUGGAAUAAACUCACAAUUAGGAGAAGAAAAUUUACAAGAAAUACGUUGAAAUAGUUGGAAAAUUAAAAAACAACAGCAGAAAUGGAAAAAAACAGCCCUAAUUUUACGAGAAAGAAGUGAAAAUAUAUCGGGGAAAAAAGUUGUAUUCUAGUGAGAAAACUCAAUUUUAUCUGAAUAACGUCACGUUAUGAGGUAAAAUAAGGUCAUUUUAGUAGGAUGUGGUUGAAAUAUUAAAGAAAAGAAUUUAUGAAAAACAACCAAACCCAACGUGUGCUAUUUGCAUAUUUUGUAAAUAUUUAGUUUUACACUUGGCAAUACAUUUAGUUUCAACAUUCAUAUUUAACGUUAACAUUUAUAUUUAACAAUUACAUUUAACAUUUACUGUAGCUCUGACCUGGCCGCACGGUCUAGUGGUUAGCAUGUCGGCCACACAGUCAGGAGAUCAGGAAGACCUGGUUUCAAAUCUCCGUUGGGCAUCUCUGUGUGAAGUUUGCAUGUUCUCCCCGUGUGUGUGUGGGUUUUCUCCGGGUACUCCGGUUUCCUCCCACAUUCCAAAAACAUGCAUGUUAAUUGGAGACUCUAAAUUGAGACUCUAAAUUGUCCAUAGGUAUGAAUGUGAGUGUGAAUGCUUGUUUGUCUAUAUGUGCCCUGCCAUUGGCUGGCGACCAGUCCAGGGUGUACCCCGCCUCUUGCCCGAAGUCAGCUGGGAUAGGCUCCAGCAUGCCCCCGCGACCCUAAUGAGGAGAAGCGGCAUAGAAAAUGGAUGGAUGGAUGUAGAUUUGACAUUGGGAUUUAGAUUAUCAUUUAACAUUUCGAUUUAACAGUUACUUUAGAUUUGACAUUUAGAUUUAACAUUUAGAUGGUCAAGGCUCCAGCAUGCCCCCGCGACCCUAAUGAGGAGAGGCGGUAUAGAAAAUGGAUGCAUGGAUGGAUUUAGACGGUCAUUUACAUUUAUAUUUAACAUUUACUGUACAUUUGAGAUUUAGAUUUAACAUUUUGAUUUAGAUUUACGAUUUAGAUGUAGCAUUUAGAGGCUCAUUUACAUUUAGAUUUGACAUUUAGAUGGUCAUUUACAUUUAGACUGAACAUUUUGAUUUAGAAUUACCAUUUAGAGGAUCAUUUACAUUUAGAUUUAAUAUUUAGAUUUAACAUUUACUCUACAUUUGGUUUAGUUUAUUUGAACAUGAAGGUUACAAUGGAAUACAUCUCGUGAAUCAUUCUUUGACAGUUCCACAUGUCCAAAAGGAGUAGGAAGAAGCAAAGCUUAUUUAAUCCUACCCCCCAUCCAUUCUACAUCUAGUACAGUACAUGUAGUUCACUUCCUGGAUUCCAUGUCAUGUUUUCAGUGAUAGUCAGGAUAACACAUAAUAGAUAACGGUGAGAUAGCCCUCCCCCCCAAAAAAGAAAGAACAAUAAUAAUAAUAAUAAUAAUAAUGACCUUUUUUUUUUUUUUUUUUUUUUUUAAGCACAACAAAGAAAAUUAUAAAAAUAAAUAAAUAAAUAAAUAAAUAAAAAUAAAUAAAUAAAUAAAAAAUAAAAUUUAAUUAAAUAAAUAAAAAAUAAAAUAAAAUAGAAAAAAAAUAAAAUAAAAUAAAAUAAAAUAAAAUAACAAACCUGACAGAACAAUCAGGACUCUUCUGCCUUGUAUUUAGCAAACAUCAACUGCUUGUAUUGUUUUUUGAAUUUGCUCAUCUCUGUACAUUGUUUGAGUUCUUUACUCAAUCCGUUCCAUAAUUUAAUUCCACACACGGAAAUGCUGUGGGUUUUCAGCGUUGUUCUCGCAUAUAAAUGUUUUAGGUUUAAUUUUCCUCUAAGAUCAUAUUUCUCCUCUCUGAUUGAGAAAUACUUGAUUAGAUUUUUGGGUAACGAGUUAUUAUUAACUUUAUACAUUAUUCUAGCGGUUUGAAAGUGUACUAAAUCUGCGAAUUUUAAUAUCUGUGAUUUUAAAAAUAAAGGGUUUGUAUGUUCUCUAUACUUGGCAUUAUGAAUUAUCCUCACAGAUCUUUUUUGCAGUACAGUGAGUGAGUGAAGAUUGCUUUUGUAAUUAUUUCCCCAUAUCUCCACACAAUACGUUAGAUAUGGAAAUACUAAGGAACAAUACAGAGUGUGGAGUGAUUUUUGAUCAAGAACAUAUUUUGCUUUAUUCAAUAUAGAGAUAUUUCUCGCCACCUUUUGUUGUAUAUAUUUAAUAUGAGAUUUCCAACUCAUUUUUUCAUCUAUUAUAACCCCAAGGAAUUUAUAUUCUUCCACUUUUUCAAUAUCCGUUCCAUUAAUUUGUAUUUGGUCGUACGUGUCCUUUCUACUAUUACCAAAUAGCAUUAUUUUAGUUUUACUUAAAUUCAGAGAUAAUCUAUUCUUGUCAAACCAUGACUUUAAUAUGACCAUUUCAUCCUUGACCUUUUUAAUGAGUUCUUGUGUGCUUUCACCAGAACAGAAAGCGGUGGUAUCAUCGGCGAAUAAGACCAAUUUUAAGUUGUUAGUUACUUUGCAAAUGUCGUUAAUGUACAAGUUAAACAGUUUUGGUCCCAGUAUGGACCCCUGUGGUACUCCACACGUAUUGUGUAGACUCCCAGAUGUAUAUUCUCCUAGCUUUACAAAUUGUUUCCUCUUUGCUAGGUAGCUUUUAACCCAAUUUAAGACUAAACCUCUAAUUCCGUACCUUUCUAAUUUUGAAAUUAAAAUAGUGUGAUUAAUUGUAUCGAAGGCUUUUGUCAGAUCCAUGAAUACUGCUGCUGCGCAUCUUCUGUUGUCUAUGGCAGUAGUGAUUUCCUCCGUGAUUUCCGUCAGUGCCAUAGAAGUUGAAAUGUUGGCUCUGUAACCAUAUUGACUACUUGCCAAUAAUUCAUUCUUAUUAAUAAAUUUGUCCAACCUAUUAUUAAAUAGCUUCUCCACAAUUUUCGAGAAUUGUGGUAACAAAGAAACUGGUCGAUAAUUUGUAAAUUGGUGUUUGUCUCCUUUUUUGAAAAUUGGAACCACCUUGGCUGUUUUCAUUUGAGAUUUAGAUUUAACAUUUAAAUGGUUAUUUACUUUUAGAUUUAACAUUUACUGUGCAUGUGAGAUUUAGAUUUUACAUUUAGAUGAUUAUUUACGUUUAGAUUUAACGUUUAGAUUUAACAUUUACUGUACAUUUGACAUUUAGAUUUAACAUUUAGAUCAUCUUUGACAUCUGCGAUUGGCUGGCGACCAGUCCAGGGUGUACCGUGCCUCUUGCCUGAAGUCAGUUGGGAUAGGCUCCAGCACACCCUCCGCGACCCUAGUGAGGACAAGCGGCAUAGGAACUGCAUGGAUGGAUGGAUGAUCAUUUACAUUUAUAUUUAACAUUUAGAUUCAACAUUUACUGUACUUUUGAUAUUUCUGAAUUUCUCCCUUGACACUUUGCCAUUUUUUCACCCUUUUUCUCAUUUCAUCCAGGGCAACAGCGGCUCUCACAGACUUUAGAAUAGAUUUAACAUUUCGAUGAUGAUUUAAAUUGAAUUUAACAUUUAGAUUUGGCAUUUACAUUGGCCAUUUAAUUCAUAGCUUAAAUGUGGAGAAAAGGAGCUGCAUGUGAGGAAAGUGUGCUAAAUACUCCAAAUAGGUUACCCAUCUAUUG